AUGACAGCAAGACAGUCAGAAUAUUUUAAUGUAUUUUUAGCUAUAACAAAUGGCCGUUAUGCAUUGAUUGGAGUCGAUAUUCGUGAUUCAAUGACACUGAAUACACUUUUACAUAGUGUACAUGUCAAUGAUUUAAAGCCAACGUUGUGUAUAAGUGAAGUGGUUUUAACGUAUAUGGGUAUGAGGAGUUGUAACAGAGUUAUACAAUGGAUACAAGAAGUAUUUCAGGAAUGUAUUCUGUGUACAUAUGAACAAGUCAUUCCUGAUGAUGGAUUUGGUCAAGUGAUGGUGGGUCAUUUUUCCAAAUUAGGUUCACCAUUAAAAUGUAUUCAUACAUAUCCAUCAGCUGAAAGUCAUGUAGAAAGAUAUACACAACUGGGUUUUGAUUUAUCAAUAUGCAUCAAUAUGCAUUCGUUUAAUUUGUAUCAUUUGCCAUCUACAGAGCAUUCUCGCAUAUCAUCGUUAGAAUUAUUUGAUGAAACUGAAGAAUGGCAAUCGAAAUGUGCUCAUUACAUUCUUUUAUUUGGAAUUAGAUCAUCCACCGCUAAUAAAUGGCUAGAGAUUAUAUCUGAUGAUUGUCAAAAACACAUUGUUCAUGCUCUUAAAACUAAUCUUACGUCCACAACACUUGCCCGUAAACUUGAUCAUCCAACAGUGUUAACCUUUGAACCGUACAAAUUGACAUCCAAUGGAAAAUAUGCACAACGUUUUGGACACCAGUCAUUGUUAAUUGAUCGUGAUAUUUGGACUAUUGGUGGAUUUGGUGCCAUUGAUGGUAGACAUCGACGAUUAAAAACAAUUGAAUUACUAAAUAUUGACAAUGGAAUAACACAACGAUUAGACAAUCAUAAAUUAGAUGAAUGUGUAUUUCAUACGUGUCAUAUUUAUCCCGCUACAAGACAAAUUCUUUGUUUUUAUGGUCGAACAAAUCCCCGUUUAUUAAAUUCUUGUAUAAAAUUUGAUAUAGACUCUUCUCUAACAAGUCCGCUUUCAAACGAGAAUUCAGUUGAAAGUGUUGGUCGUUGGCGGCAUUGUUCAUGUUAUGUUGAAGAGACAGAUAUAAUUGUGAUAUUUGGAGGAAAAUUAUCUGUCACACAAUCGACAAAUGAAACAAUUUGUUUUACUCGAGAUGGAAAAAUGAUCCGUCAAGAAUUUUCAUCUUCACAAAAUAGCGUUCCAUCUGCUCGUCAUUCGUCUCGUAUGUGUUCCUAUAAACACUAUGCAGUGUUAAGCGGUGGUUUAUUAGAAAAUGAAUUACCCACAAAUGAAAUAUGGCUAUUCGAUACGAAACAAAUGCAAUGGACACUAUUUCAGACCGAUCUAUCAACCAUUGUUCCAAGAUAUUCUCAUAGUGCACAUAUUAUUGGUGAUAUGAUGCUGUUAUUAGGCGGAAUGAAUGCUCAUAGAAGAUAUCCACCUGGUCUAUGUAAAAUUAAUUUAUGCGAUGGAAACGUCAUUGAAUAUGAAAUACCGGUCAGUACAGGCAUACAUUACUCUCUCACUCACUAUCCAUAG